CAGCGCUCAGCAGCAAUGACUAACUUUCUGGAGGAGCGGCCAUUCGGCUCGCAGUACACCAACGUCUACCUGUCCAUCUUCGCCCUGUUCUGCUUCAAGCUCUUCGUCAAGAUCAGCCUGAACAUCCUCACCCACUUCUAUGUGGUCAAAGGGAACCGGAAAGAGGCAGCACGCAUCGCCGCAGAGUUCUACGAUUUCGGCCAAGGGCACAGCGGUCAUGUCGUACUCGUAUCAGUGGCUAGACGUGCCGUGGGGAGACGGAGACAUGGGCUCAUGGGCGGACCGAUCUCCACUCCAUGAAGCGGCAAGCCAAGGACGCCUUUUGGCCCUGAAAACCCUGCUCUCACAGGGUUACAACGCAAACCUCGUUACCAUCGAUCAUGUGACUCCACUGCACGAGGCGUGUCUGGGCGAUCACGUGGCGUGUGCCAGGGCGCUCAUCGAGGCCGGCGCUAAUGUGAACGCUACUACCAUUGAUGGUGUAACCCCUUUGUUUAACGCCUGUUCUGCGGGCAGUGCGACGUGUACAGAGGUUCUGCUGGAGCACGGUGCUAACCCACAGCCCGAGCCGUGCCAACCCUCACCGAUCCACGAGGCCAGCAGCAAAGGAAGGACGGCGUGUGUGGAGGCCCUGAUAUCAUGGGGGGCAGAUGUGGAUUACGACAUUCCUCACUUAGGAACACCACUUUAUAUCGCCUGCGCCUCCCGAGAGCUACAGUGCACACAGAAGCUUCUAGAUGGAGGUGCGAACGUACAGAAGGGGCGUUUCCUGGACACGCCGCUUCACGCCGCCGCGCAGAAAGACUGCCCCGAGAUCGUCAAAGUGCUGCUGGAGUUUGGCGCCAACAUCAACGCUCGAAACCUGGAGCUGCAGAGAGCGGUGGAGACGGCGCCCCCUAGCAGCCUGGCAGAACGCGUGUUACUGCACUACGAAGUUACUCCGCGCUCUCUGAGUGAGUUGUGCAGGUUAUGCAUCAGAGAGUAUCUGGGACGCACGAGGCUUCAUCUCAUCCCUCAUCUCAGACUGCCACCUCUGCUCCACAGAUUCCUGCAGCACAGAUAGACACCUGGCUCUCUCUCUCGUUCUUUCUGCCUCUCUCUCUCUCGUUCCGUCUUUCUGUGCCCUUCUUUCUGUCUUUCUCUCCCUCCACCUGUCCACUUUGUGCCUUUGUGUCUGUUUGUCUCGUAAGGUCUACCUAUAUUAUUCUACAUCUGUCUCUGUCUCUAACUGUCUCUCUCUCCAUAUAUCUCUCUCCCCACCUGUUUCUCAGCACCUCUCUCCGUCUCUUUCUCUCUUUCUUUGCAUCUUUUAACAACUGUAUCUCUCCACCUGUGCCUCUCUGCAUCUGUCUCUCUGUCUUUUUCUGUCUGCCCAUCUCUCUCUGUUUCUCUCACUACCUGUCUGACUCCACCUGUCUUUUACUCCACCUGUCUUUUACUCCACCUCUCUUGUCUGUCUGUUUCUCCAAAUAUCUCUGUCUCUCCAUCUGUCCCUACCUGACACUCUAUCCACCUGUCUCACCAGCCUGUUCCAGUCUGUCUGUGUGUGUAUCUGUCUGUCUCUCUCUGUUUCUCUCUGCCAAUCUCUACCAGUGUCUAUCUUUCUCUCUUUUAUAUUUUAUCUCUCCUUUUAUCUGUAUUUGUGUCUUUCAGAUUUCUUGUCGUUCAUUUCGUUUCUCAAAUGCAUUUAUUAUCGUCUUUGCAGGUGCAUCUCAAAAUAUUAGAUUACCGUGGAAAAGUUUCCUGUAAUUUAAAUCGAAAAGUGGAACUUUAAUAUCUUCUAGAUUCUUUAGACAUAAAGUGAAAUAUUUCAAGCUGUUUUUGUUUGGUUUUGAUCUCGAUGAUUACGGCUUACAGAUCAUGGAAACAAAAAAUCCAGUAUCUCAAAAUAUUAGAAUAAAGAGUUUAGAGUAGAGAAAUGUCGAGCUUGUGAAAAGUGUGUUCAUUUAUGCGCUGAUACUCGCUGGGGGCUUGAAUCCUUUUGCAUGAAUUACUGCGUCGACACGGCGUGGCAUGGAGGCGAUCAUUCUGUGGCACUGCUGAGGUGUUCCGGAAGCCCGGGUCGCUUUGAUAGCGGCCUUCAGCUCGUCUGUAUUGUUGGGUCUGGCGUCUCUCGUAGAUUCUCUAUGGGGUUCGGGUCAGGCGAGUCGGCUGGACGAUCGAGCACCGUAACACCACGGUCAGUAAACCAGUUACUAGAAGUUUUGGCACUGUGGGCAGGUGCAGAGUCCUGCUAGAAAAGGAAAUCAGCAUCUCCAUAAAGCUCGUCAGCAGAUUGAAACAUGACGUGCUCUAAAAUCUCCCGGUAGACGCUGCAUCGACUCUCGACUUGAGAAAACACACUGGACCAACACCAGCAGAUGACAUGGCACCUCAAAUCAUCACUGACUGUGGAAACUUCACACUGGACUUCAAGCAGCUUGGAUUCUGUUCCUCUCCACUCGUCCUCCAGACUCUGGAACCUUGAUUUCCAAAUGAAAUGCAACAUUUACUUUCAUCUGAAAAGAGGACUUUGGACCCCUGAGCAACGGUCCAGUCAUUUUUAAAGGCUCAGGAAACCUGUGCAGGUGUUUGGAGUUAAUUAGCUGAUUAGCGCUCUUCUCAGGUCGACAUUUCUCUAUUAUAAUUUCUUCCUUCUAAUAUUUUGAGAUACUGGAUUUUUUAUCUCCAUGAGCCGUAAGCCGUAAUCAUCGAGAUUAAAAAAAUAAAAAAAUAAAAAAAUAAUAAUAAUAAUAAUAAAGGCUUGAAAUAUUUCACAGCUUUUGCACGAUAUUUGAAUUUUUUGAGAUGCACCUCUAUAACACAAAGCAAAGAAUUGCUUGCUCUUGAUUUGAAUAUGAUGUCUGUUAAAAACAUAAUGCUGUUUAUCGUGUGAAAAUCCACAAUGCUUAACAUCACUCGGUGUUCAUUAGGAAGUGUCUCACACCACGUUCACGCUAGUGAGUGAAAAAGCGACUGUUUACACUUCCACAAGAUCUUCUCUAAUUGAUGCAGAUUGGUUUUUAACUGAUGAACUGUAGAGCGCUGGAAGAAUGUAAAGCACAUGCUAGUUUGUAUUCAGUGCUUACUGUACGUACGCCAUGUCCUUUACGAAGUGACACUGGUUUUUCUUCUUCACAUUUUUCUUUCUUUUCUUCCUUGCUAUGAGGUGACAUCAGCGACUCGUUUGCUCCUAAGGCGAACGCGGGUAAGAUCGUCGACGGUUCCGUCUUCCUCUGAAAUCCGUAAUAUAAAACGUGACCUAAAGCCGUAUUUAUAGAUAGCGUUAUCUGUCCUUCAGGCAGUUAAUUAAAUGUGAAUGUCAGUGGUGGAAAUGUCAGCACAAACUCUUCUCACAUCUCACACGGUUUGAUCUCGUGGUGUGUCCAACCUGCCGAGUGUGUAAUCACAACAUGAUCGCGACCGUACGGUGUUUUACUGAAACGUCAGCAUGUCAACGAAUAUACGGGAAUAAAAAAAUGGAUAUGUUUAAUGA